AUGAAAUUCCAAUCUACUCUUAUCCUUGUCGCUCUUUGCAUCCUCUCUACCUUCUCUGCUUCUGUAACUGAAGCUAAACAAUGCUUUCAAAAACAAAACGCUAGAGAAGCUACAUUACUUAAUAAAAAAUUUGACAAACUUAACAAAAACUCCCCAUGCAAAACUGGUGAGACUGUUUGUAUUAAAGGACAAGUCGCCCAAUGUGAUCAAGGAAAAUUUGUUCUCACUUCUUGUGGUCCUACAACAGAAUGUUUUGCACUUCCACUCGUAAAUAGUCCCGGUACUAGCAUAGCUUGUGACAAAAGCGAAGAUGCUGCUAAUCGUAUCAAACUUGCUCGCCAAUGUCGAGGAAAAACCGGUUAA